GAGAGCCUCCCUCCAACCCACCAAGCAGAAUCACCCAAGGAAUCUCCCAGGCACAGUCCCCCCAGAAAGAAGUUACUUCUCUUGGUAUUUGGCUAACUUGACAGAGUUUGAUCUUGCACAGGGAGUUCCUGAGUUUCUGGUUCUUCCUCGCUCACACUUCUCUUCAGGCCUAUGCGACUGGGAGCCAGCUCGCAACUUUCGCUCACUCGUAGCCUGCGCGUCGUCUAAUCUCGGCUAGGAAGCGUUCGCUCUUGCUUGCCUGUAAAGUCCGCGGUCGCGCUUGCGAUUUGCUUGUUUCUCCGGUCAAGUUCGUUGUGACGACGUUGUAACUACAUCGCGACGAGAUGGGUGGAGGCAACGGUCAGAAGGCCAAGAUGGCUCGCGAGAAGGCGCAGGCUAAGAUGCAAGGAAACCGAGGCAGUCAGCUUGAGAUUAACCAAAAGGCUAUGAACAUUCAGUGCAAGGUGUGCAUGCAGACGUUCAUCUGCACGACCAACGAGGCCAAGUGCAGAGAGCAUGCAGACGCGCGGCACCCGAAGAACGACUUCUACCAGUGCUUUCCUCACCUCAAGCAGUGACCAGACCCCGAGGUCUGCUGUUUGUGGUCUGUGCUACAUCAGGAUUCAGGAGGCAAGGCGUGUUUCGGAGUUACUUACAAAUCAGCUCACUUAUGAAACCAUUGCGUGACAGAGUAUACUUCAACAGCGUGUACUGGCCAGGCCACUUGGCUUUGUGACUUCCUGUGUCGCAGAGCUCCGUGCUUGGCUUUUGCAUGUUCUCUCUAUGCAGUCGUUGGUUUUUGUGUGGAUAGUUAGCUUUCUUGCUAGGUGGCCGUCAGACCUGAUAUGUCUUUUGGCAAUCAGCUGCUUUCUGGGACCAGCUUGGGUACUUUCCCCAGAUGGUGGUCUUGAUGUGUGAAGGAAUUUAAUUCUACAAUGCAAUCUCUAUAUCUUCAGUAGUGCCUUGGUGA